CCUUGCUUCUCAAUUCCUGGAAGGCGGGGUAUUCAUGAGGCACAAAAAGUAGUAUAAUAUGACUCCCUUCGGGAAUCAAUAGUUCAAUCGAGUCUCGCUGCUAUAUAGUAAAAUUUGAACUAGUAAUGUGGCAACUAAAUCCGAACAGAGAUAGUAUAGUAUAGAAGAAGAAUUAAGGUGAGCGAGGUGGACGAAAUAAAAAGAAAAAUGACUAGUCAAUGAUUUGGCCAUCAUAUAAAUCAUCAAGAAUAUUCAUAGCAUUAAAUGAUUCUUGAUGAAAACAUCAAAUAUAAUAAAAAUAAAAGAAAAUAAAAUGUUGUGCUACAUUAAUAAAAUUGGCUUUAUUAGAUAAAUCAUUUUCAAGAAAUGUAUUUGUUGGCAUUAUUGAUGAGAAAGUUGGGAGAUCUACAUCCAGUUGAUUGAAACUUAAGUAAUUAUUUAGCAAUAUUUUAAAAAUUCCAGAUUAACUUAGUCCAACACGCUAAUGAUUUAAUAUGUGUAAGUUUCUUUGUCCACAAAAAUAACUUGAAUAAGUUUCCUACACAUCCUAGUCGUCCCUACUAUGUAUAAAUAUAUACAUAGCAACUUUAAACAUCUAACUUCUCAUCUAACAUGAAUCAAAACCAGAAACAGGAAGAAAUUAUAGUGUCUGAAAAGGAGGUUCAACAGCUUCAGCAAUGCCUUCCGAAGGCUAACUUCAUCGGCAGCAAAAUAUUGAAAUACCAAGGUUACUGGUACCAUGACAAUCAUCUCCAAAAUGUACUCGUGUUUCAAAGACACUUUCAUGCUCAAGACACCGAUCUCAUCAUUGGUAGUCUCCCAAAAACUGGCACCACAUGGUUGAAAUCCCUAUUAUUCGCGGUUGUUAACCGUGCCAACUACUCCGCAAAUCAUCACCAAAAUCCUCUCCUUGAAAAUCAUCCUCAUGAGCUUGUGUACAGCUUAGAGACCGAUGUCUAUAAUAAGGCCUUUGUUUAUCCUCGUCCACAUCACCUUAAUGAGCUUUCCUCACCAAGACUUUUGAGCACACACCUACCCUAUGUGUCACUUCCUGAAUCUAUUCGGACUUCUGGGUGUCGGAUUUUGUAUAUCACCCGAAAUCCCAUGGACACACUUGUUUCUCUAUAUUAUUUUUCCAUGAAAGUGAUGAAGAACUACUUUUCCAUGGAUAUAUUGAAGAUGAUACUCGGUAUGUUUUACCCUACUCCUACCAUGCAGGAUUUCUUUGAAGCUUUUUGUGAGGAUAGAAUACCUUUUGGGCCAUUCUUCGAUCAUGCUGUCGGGUAUUGGAAGGCAUGUUUAGAACAACCUGACAAGGUGCUAUUCCUCAAGUAUGAGGAAUUGAAGGAUGAUCCCACAGUUCAGCUGAAGAGAUUGGCCGAAUUUGUGGGUAUGCCAUUUACUUCCCAAGAGGAAAGUGAUGGUGUCAUACAACAAAUUAUAGAGAUGUGUAGCAUCAAGAGUAUGAAAAAAUUGGAGGUUAACAAGAGUGGUGUGAUUAACAAGUUGUUUGACAAAAACUCAUACUUCAGGAAAGGCGAGGUGGGGGACUGGACUCAUCAUUUUACACCUCCCAUGGUGGAGAAGAUGAAGAGACUCAUGGAUGAAAAACUUGAAGGCACUGGUUUAUCCUAUAAAUUAACUUCCUGAUACCAAUACUUACUUUACCUCAAUAAUUAUCCCUUAUUUUCUCUGUUUUUUUUUUUUUUUUUCAAAUUUCCUGGGGCUUAAUCCAACUAUAUUUCAUGAAAUCCUCUACUAAUCUCUUUGUACAGUCUUUUAAUUUCCUGUUGGAAGUUGUUUUACCCUUUGUCAAUUAUUCUGACAGUUGUAUACUGCCAGUAUAUGUGUUAAUGAUCCUGAUGUUCUGAAGUACAAUUGUAUGAGUAAUUUAUGAGUCAGGAUAAUCUCAGCAGAUAUAUUAGCAUGCUAAUAAUUUCAACAAGUAAUUACUAGUCAGGAUCAAGCAUCUAA